CGGAGGGCGCGCGAGUGGAGUGCUUCCCUCCUAGACGUGAUCCUCGCCUGCGGACCCUCCCCUCCCAAGCAAGUUUUGCAAGAAUCCGAGUUGUCGCCACAGGAUCACAGCUAAGACAGCAGCGAAUUGUCCGAUCUGCGCAUGUGAGGCCCGCGAUUGGGGGUCGUUUCUUUCCUCGCCCCGCCUCACUGCUGUGCUCCUCGCAGGCAUGAAGACCCAGUUUGGAAAGGCAGCUUCAGGGCAGCGGUCCAGGACAGGCGCGGGACAUGAUAGCGUGUCUGUUACCGUGAUGAAGAGGAAGGCUACACACAAAAAGCAUCGGAGUCGACCCAUCUCCCAGCCUCGGAGGAACUUCGUGGGCUGCAGGAUUCAGCACGGAUGGAAAGACGGAGAUGAACCUCUAACACAGUGGAAGGGAACCGUUCUGGAUCAGGUACCUGUAAAUCCCUCUCUGUAUCUCAUCAAAUAUGAUGGAUUUGACUGUGUUUAUGGAUUGGAACUUCACAGAGAUGAAAGAGUGUCAUCACUUGAAGUCCUUCCUAAUAGAGUUGCAUCAUCUAGAAUCAGUGAUGCACAUUUAUCGGAAAUCAUGAUUGGCAAAGCAGUGGAACAUAUUUUUGAAACAGAGGAAGGUUCCAAAAAUGAAUGGAGAGGGAUGGUUUUAGCUCAGGCGCCUGUCAUGAGCACAUGGUUUUACAUUACUUAUGAGAAAGAUCCUGUAUUGUAUAUGUACCAGCUAUUAGAUGAUUAUAAAGAUGGUGACCUCCGCAUCCUUCAAGAUUCCAAUCAUUCUCCUCCAGCAGAGAGGGAACCUGGAGAAGUCAUAGACAGCCUAGUAGGCAAACAGGUGGAAUACGCCAAAGAUGAUGGCUCCAAGAGAACAGGCAUGGUUAUUCAUCAGGUAGAAGCGAAACCCUCUGUGUACUUUAUCAAAUUUGAUGAUGAUUUCCAUAUCUAUGUCUAUGAUUUGGUAAAAACAUCUUAGAUGUCAUCGUGAAAUUUGCCAAAUAUAUGAAAUUAUGUGUAAAGUCUACAGGCACAGACAGUCUUGAUUACUUUCCAGUUUAUAAGGAGAACCAUCUUCUCCCUUUUUGCAUGUUUUUGCUUGGCAAAAAAAUUGGAACUUUCACCCUUUCAGAAGGUUUUGGAAGAAACAUUUUGCUCUUCUGUCCACUCUUUUCACUGGUUCCUCCCCAUAGGAGGAGGAUUGAUUUAUCUGAUUAGUGAGGACGGUAAAGUCUGACAUCAAGGGCCCAUAUUUUUAUCUUGGGCACUUGGGCAGUGUUAAUAAGUUAAAGGUAGCUGAACACCUCUCACCUCACCCUUUUGGGCACUUGAACUUUCAGCACUCAUUGAGCUGUGAAGCUUCCUGAUAUGUUCCAUGUGACUGGCUGGGUGUCUGCAGUCUCAUCUCUCUCCCCAGGUGGCUUCAAAAUUCUAAUUUUGAAGAGGAGUAGGAAGCCCAUUUUGAUCUUCUGUCCAAGUUAUAUUCCUAAUUCUAACAGUACUAAAAGGCUGAAAUUUUGUUCCCUUUCUGAUUCUUGUACCUAUUACUCAAAUGGUUCAGAAUCAAAAGGGUAAUAAUUUUGUAUUUUAGUACAUACGCACAGGCCGAGAAACCUUACAAAACUGGUAAUAGGGCAAGCAUUUGGGGACCGAACUCCAAGUGGAAAGAUCAAGGUUUCUGGUGUAACUCAAAUGGCAUUAGUAUCUCUUGUUUGCAGUAUCUCUGGCUGAUGUCUGCAUACAUGCAGUGGGUUUUAAAUGCGUGCUGUGCAGGCAGAUUUAGCACAAGUGGACUGUGCCAGCCCAGUGGGAUAUUAAACCAGGCUCUAGCUAGAAUCCUCAGUCACGGCAGAGGCUGGGUUUAGCAAGGGUUGCAGGUAUGUCCAGGACCUCAAAAUGAAAGAGCAGAAAUCUGGAAUCAGGCUAUGACAUAGUUUUCUUUCCUGUACCAAGCGAGACUGUUUGAGGAGUUUUAGAUUAGAUUUUAGAUUUGAUUCUUAGGGGACUUCGAAGUCCCAGCAUAUGAGGUGGGUAAGGCUCCUGCUGGAACUUGGAAAAGCUGAAAACAAGCUUUGCUUUCUUGUAGGGACUGGUAGGAUUGGUGUCCCAGCAGGACUGUGGAAUGUAUGACCUAGAAUCAGUACUGGAUGAUCUGUAGGAUUAAUGAUGUUUCCAGUACUGGCAUUAGUAGAUAAAUCUAAUAAAUUUUUGUUCAUAUUAUGUUUUGAAUCUUUAACUCGUUUUUCAGCUGGCCCUAAGAAACUCAUGUGUAGGUAAGGGUGAGACCUACUGCACCUGAAAAGUAAGUAAUAGAAGGGACCUUUUUACCUUCCAUUAUUGAAGGCAUUAGUGAAGGUUAAUCAAAGCCUAGGAAAUAAAGUUUGAAAAAUAAGGUUUUUGGAGAGAAGUACCUGACCAAAGCCAAUGCUUUCUCAUUGGGGUUCUGAUAGAAGCUGUAUUACCACUAACAGGCAAAUAAGACCUUGGACUUCUGCAUAUUUGAGGCUGAGACUCAUGGUAGUAUAAUCAACCACUUGGGAGAUACCUUCCAAAUUAGUUUAAGUUCGCAGAUCAUGGAGUCCAGACUACUGGCAAAAACAGACUGGCAUCCUGCUGAGGAUGAAAUCAAGAAGAUACUCUCUUUUCUCCCGUGUUUUCUCUGUCUACUUUUCUUUCUUUUGAUGCCACUAAGUCUCUGCUAUAAUAUUUGGCUGACAACAGCAAUGUGGGUGUGUAUUGUCCUACGUACUAUGUCCUGGGAGCAUAAAUUUAUUUGCUAUAACAGUUUUAGUGGCUGAGAAUUGGUGUGCUAUCAAAAUUUCCUAAUCGACCCUUUGGACUCUGAAAAUGUAUGACAUACAGUUGUGGGUUUAGAGUAAUUGAGCUCCUGAAAUCCUGAAGGAACUACAUCCUUUCAAGAAGAAGAACCCAGGCUUCUGUUGCUGAAGGAACCCCGUAUCUGUCCAGACAUCUAAGUGAGCUCUCUAUGGCUGAAAUGAGAAGAACAAGAAAUUGGGAAGUGCAGAAUUUUGGACUUUUAAUUCCUUUAGACUUUAAGAAAUUUAAUUUGGGGCAUUAAUUUUUCCUUCAGAGUUUAAUAGUUGGAGGGGAUUUCAUAUAGUUUAAAUUAAGGCAUUUUCAUUAUGUUGUUGACAUUGUAUUAUUUGGAGUAUUUUUAUUUUGUUUUUGGGACUCAUUAUAUAAUUUUUGUAAUCUAUGUUGGAUAAUGUGGCUGGGUGUAAUUUUAAAUUGGGUAUAAAGUAGUAAGGGAAUUUUCAGCCUAUGGAAUAAUGUAGCCUCGGAGUUAAUUUAAUUAGUGUCCUAUUCUGACUCAUUUCAGAGCCUUCUGGGGGCAAAAGCAGAACUGCUCACUAGCUUUACAGAGGUGGGAGCAGGACUUCCUAAGACACCCAGAAUCUUGGGUGUUAACUCUUGUGGCUUAAGGGCACAAAAACUUCCAAGAAUAUAAUGGAAUCUAACCUCUGCUUCUCUCCAUGUUCCUGACUCAAAGAAAAAGGAGAACUUAGAACUCUCAGAAGUAUUUGAAAGAAGGUUUCUGCCCAUUUCCCCUUGCCACUCAUUCCAUCUUCCAUGUGGCAGAAGGAGUAACUUGAUGAAAUUGAGAAAAGGGUUAUGAUGGAUAGGCAGUCUAGGCCCCUCUUGGCUCCUGAGCUCAUUGCUCACAGCAAGAUAUGGGAAAUAGUGCAGUUCUUCACUACAUGGCUGGGUAAGUGUCUGCUCUGUGGACCCAACUCUCUCUUUGAGGUAGGGAGUCCCAGUGUGAGGUCCAAGCCAUGUUCUUCAAUCCAGCUCUAUCAGCAGUAAAGCUGGUAUAUAAUUUUAUUCUUUUUAUUUUAAUAGAUAGAUUGUUUUCAGAAAAAAAAUAACACCUGCCUAUGGAGCCCUGG